GGCAGCAGCAGGAGGAGGAGCAGCGGGUGAGAGGUCGGCCAGCUCCGGUCGCCCAUAGAGACGGCGGAGUCCCGAGUUGCGAGGGCGGCGGCGGCCGGAGAAGGGGCUGAGGCGUCGAGGCGCACGAAUUUUCCAAAGGCCAAGUGCAAGAUUUGUCGCAGAGCAAGAAUUGGAAGCCAAUUAUCUGAUUCCUAGUUGGUACUUGAAUAGCCAGACUGUUCCUGUCAUUCACACUAGAAGUGCUUGAAAGAGCUCAGUGAAAAUGUCUAGCAAACCAUCCGGCACAACAAACAACAUAGCUCAGGCCAGAAGAACUGUUCAGCAGUUGAGAAUAGAAGCUUCUAUAGAAAGAAUAAAGGUGUCGAAGGCAUCGGCAGAUCUAAUGUGCUACUGUGAGGAGCAUGCCAGGAAGGAUCCUUUACUAAUGGGAAUACCUGCUUCGGAAAACCCCUUCAAGGAUAAAAAGACCUGCACUAUCCUAUAGGCUAAGCAGCAAAAUGCAAAAUGCCUUCAAGACCCUCCCCUGCAACCGAGCAGAUCCUUAGAGAAGUAACCCGAAGGUUACCUGGUAUCAACCGCAUAAAACAGCAACUCAUUUACAUUUUGUGUUAAAAUGAACUUUUAAGUUUUCUAAAAAGGUCUCUUUUCUUUAUAGCAUUCUAAAUGGGGAUGCAAGGUUUAUAAAGUUACUUCUUGUCAAUGGAAUGGUUCUAAGAGCAUAGUUGGGAAUUGGAUUAUGUUGGCUUUGGGGGUUAUAAAGAGAGGGUUGGGUUGGGUUGGGUUGGGUUUUACUUAAAAGUGCAAUGAGUGUUCACAGUUCCAGGUGUGAUGUUGAACAAUCAAGACCAAAGUUGCCUGAGCUUCAUUUUCCGACUAGUGAGGCAGACCAGCGUAGAGUCCUAAUCAAGCUUAUUUUUAACAUUUUGAUUUUAUACCAGCAUAUAGCCUUGUAUAUGUAAUUGGUGUCUGUAUCUAUGGUCCGUGCGUAUGUUUGUUUAGAUAUAUACACACAUUACCAAGUGCAUUCUUUAAAUACUCCCUUCAAAGUUUAUUGCUGCAUUUAUCAAUAACCCCUGCAGUUCAUGCCUUUUACCAUCAAGUAUGUCUUAAGCUUUUUCACAAUGUCUUAAGGACUUGUAGACUUGUACUUAGUAUAAAUUCUUGUUCUCGAAAUGAUUUUGAAAGGUAACAUUUAUAGCCUUUGGUUCUUCUGCCUUCUCGCAUUUCCUCUGAAAUUUGGACUGUCACACAUGGAUUCUGAAAAUGGAGUCUAGAUAAGUUUCUCCUUUUUCGUUGUGCUUUAAGGGGGAAUCUGCCACAUACCUUUCCUACACACUUCCCUGUUGUGUUAAUUUUUCGGUAAGCAUCCAGGAUAUUUUCUCUCUCUCAUUGCUAAAUUCACGCCUAUCAAAUGCCAAAUAAUAUCUACAGAGGAGUGGGAGACUCUGGGUGCAAUCCGUGGUGCUAUUGCUUCUGCACGAGGCCUAUGGAAAACACUGGUGGUUGUGCUGAGGAAAUGCUUGAAGGGUUGCAGCAAUGCACAGUACUAAAUCUCUGAUGAAUGUAAAUGGUAUUAAAAUGUUUGUGUAGCCUCCCUGUGUUGAUGGAAUACUGAGUGGAAUGAAUCAGUAUCGACUUCUUCUAAGCCCAGGUAUGUAUCGGUAUUCUGUGCGCUGCCAGUCCCUUCAUGUUUUUAACUUUGUGGUCUGCCAUAGCUGUAUAUUUGCAGAAUGUGUUAAACAUUUGAGGUUCAGGGUUGUUCCAUGUGCAAGGAGACUUGAGAUGCAUGGCUAGAUACAACCUUAGCAAUGCUCAGGUAGCACAGAAAGCAAUGCCACUCAACGUUGUUUUUACAGCAAGGCCCAAAGGUUUCCAUCUUCAGCCAAACCUCCCUAGUUGCAAAGAACUAGAAUUCUCACUUUAAACUAACAGGAGUAAUAGCUGGUUCGCGGCAGAUGGGGGACGGAUGGACCCCAAAAGACCUGACUUCACUGUGACUGGAUCCUGAGAAGCUGGCUGCAGAGCCAGCAAAGCAAGGUGCCUAUUCCACUCCAUAAUGCUCUGCAAUAUAUUAACUUGAAAUUGCAGGAGCAGGGUCUUGCAGAUUUCUGUCUAAAGGCAGAUUUGGCCUUAAUUUCUUUCAGUACUGCUCUAUAAACUUUCACGCUGAUUUUGCUUGCCAUAUACUUCAGUCUGCCCUCUCAAAAGGAAUGUAUGUUUGUUGAUAAUAUUAAUUAAUUUGACUGCAAAUAAUCUGUAUUUGUGCUACCCAUUGCGGCCAUUUCACUUGCUACCCAAAACGUAGUUAAUGGCUACUUCAUCAAGAACCAGGAUAACAGGUCCUACGAAACAAAUACUCCCGAUUACGCAUUUUUAAAUAGCUGCCUUCCUUUCUCUGUUGGUUUAUUUCAAAAUAUAGGGCAGCUUUUGAUUUGUGAGAUACCCAGAUCUGUCUUUCUAAAGGCUGAUUUACACAUUCAUAAUAUUACAUGGGCAGUCUCGCAUUUUCUGUAGGCUUGUUCGCAUUGAAUCAGUCAUGCCAGUACAAGCAUGGGUCUGAGUCAUGACUUUACUACAUACGAAGAUCUUUAAAAAGUAUGUCAAAUGAGGAUGCAGUGUCUUGCCAUCUUGAUACCCAUUCAUAGAACUAGUUCAGCACCUACAAAUCAAUGGGGGAUAAGUGCAUAUAGGGUUGCAGUCUUAAAUGUGGAGAAGUGCAUGGGCACAAUUGUUAUGUAACUGUUUCCUCAGAGUGUUUGUGUCUUAUACUGGACCAAAAGCUG